CGGGUCAAACGGUGCUGUUGCCGGACAUGGACACGUCGCUUCGUUUGGCUCAUUCAUGAAGACAUUUCUCCUGCGACCAUCACAUUUUAAGGGCUUUUAAUGUUUGUUUACAACAGAAUAAGUGCAUUUUUUUGCGUAUCGUGUCUUUUUACGCUUAUUUUCAAGAAUUGGGCAAAGAUUCAGCCAUAUGUGACACUUACCAGCACUAAAUAAUAAAAAAAAACUGCAGGACGAAGGUUGAGCUCAUGAGAGACUUAAAAUGAGGAGAUUGACUAAAAAGAAAGCGUUGAACUUGGUGAAGGAGUUGGAUGCUUUUCCUAAAAUUCCCGACAGCUAUGUGGAGUCAACAGCCAGUGGUGGGACAGUGUCUCUGAUAGCCUUCACUUUCAUGGCACUCCUGGCGUUUCUGGAGUUCUUUGUGUACAGAGACACGUGGAUGAAAUACGAGUAUGAAGUGGACAAAGAUUUUACAAGUAAAUUGAGGAUCAACAUUGAUAUUACUGUUGCCAUGAAGUGCCAAUACAUAGGUGCUGAUGUCCUGGAUCUGGCAGAAACCAUGGUGGCCUCAGAUGGUUUAGAAUAUGAGCCAGUAAAUUUUGAGCUUUCUCCUCUUCAAAGAAUAUGGCAAUUAACUCUUUGGCACAUCCAGGAGCGCCUCAGAGUAGAGCAUUCUCUUCAAGAUGUGCUAUUCAAGUCUGCCCUAAACAUAGCCCCACCAUCGGCAAUCAAAAACGAUGACAGUUCAGCACCUCUGAAUGCAUGCAGGAUUCAUGGGCACCUGUAUGUUAACAAGGUAGCAGGGAACUUCCAUAUUACAGUUGGCAAGUCCAUCCCACACCCCAGAGGUCACGCCCAUCUAGCAGCUUUAGUUAGUCAUGACUCUUUUAAUUUUUCCCAUCGGAUCAACCACUUGUCUUUUGGAGAGAUGAUUCCAGGGAUUAUAAGUACUCUAGAUGGCACUGAAAAAGUCUCCACUGAAUCUAAUCACAUGUUCCAGUAUUUCAUCACCAUCGUGCCUACAAAACUCAAUACCUACAAGAUCACAGCAGACACACAUCAGUACUCCGUCACAGAGCGGGAGAGGGUGAUAAACCAUGCAGCGGGCAGUCAUGGCGUCUCGGGGAUCUUUAUGAAGUAUGACAUCAGCUCUCUGAUGAUCCGGGUCACUGAGCAGCACAUGCCCCUGUGGCAGUUCCUCGUGCGGCUUUGCGGCAUUGUAGGAGGCAUCUUCUCCACUACAGGUAUGCUGCACGGUAUGGUAGGCUUUUUGGUCGACAUUAUUUGCUGCCGUUUCAAAAUGGGAAUUUAUCGAAAUUUCAAAGAGACAUCUCUGACUGUGCAGGAAAACAGUGAAACGUCACCACUAAAAGAAAAUCACAAUGAACAUUAAAGGUCUCCCAUCCAGUCCAAAGAGCCCUGAAACACUAUGAAAUGGACAAUAUUUGCAAUUCUGAUUAUUCAUUCACUCAGCAUAUUCAAACAUAGGAAAUGGCAUCGACGUGUCUUGCCCAAGAACAACACAACAGUACCCACCUGAGCCGCUGUCAUUCUGGUCCCUGAUAAAACAAUAUGUUGGUGAUUUUCAGAUUCUACAAUGUGAUGAUGUCAUAUUCCCAGAUGGGGGCACAAGAGCCAGUUUCCCCUGUUGAUUACACUGUACUUUGCCAUGAAAUAUCUAAAAGGUAAAUUCACAAAUGUUGAACCUGAUGAUUUCUGUAUGCGACUAGGCCCAAGAACUUGUAUUACAAUAUAAACACUAAAUUUUAGCAAUAUAAUUUUUGCUGCCCUCAGCUGUGUGAAAUAUUAUUGGCUUAUAGAAUGAUGUGGUGUCAUCUGAAACCCAGCAUUGUAGAAUCUCUAUAGUUUCAAAUUGAGAUGGAGAAGUCCCAAUUUUUUCCAAAUCCGAGGCCAUGGUUCUCGACCGGAAAAAGGUGGUUUGCCCUCUCCGGGUGGUUGGUGAGUCUCUGCCUCAAGUGGAGGAGUUCAAGUAUCUCGGGGUCUUGUUCACGAGUGAGGGAAGGAUGGAGCGUGAGAUUGACAGGCGGAUCGGUGCAGCGUCUGCAGUGAUGCAGUCGCUGUAUCGGUCCGUUGUGGUGAAGAAGGAGCUGAGCCGGAAGGUGAAGCUCUCGAUUUACCGGUCAAUCUACGUUCCUACCCUCACCUAUGGUCAUGAGCUCUGGGUAAUGACCGAAAGGACAAGAUCGCGGAUACAAGUGGAGGAGCCAGUUGAGGUGGCUCGGGCAUCUGCUCAGGAUGCCUCCUGGACGCCUCCCUAGGGAGGUGUUCUGGGCAUGUCCCACCGGGAGGAGGCCCAGGGGAAGACCCAGGACACGCUGGAGGGACUAUGUCUCUCAGCUGGCCUGGGAACACCUUGGGGUCCCACCGGAGGAGCUGGAGGAUGUGUCUGGGGUGAGGGAAGUUUGGGAGUCCCUGCUUAGACUGCUGCCCCCGUGACCCGGCCCCGGAUAAGCGGAAGAAAAUGGAUGGAUGGAAGUCCCAAUUUUAUGGUAGAGUUUGUAAAUUAGAUGACCUGGUUUAUGCUUAAUGUCUCUGUAAUUACUGGGCUUGUCCACAGGAAACAAAAAACUGGCUCAAAUGUCUUCUCCUUCAGUAUAAAUAAAGAAAUAUGGAACUGUGUCUUUAGAAAGAGGCUUUAAGCCGUAAGAUUAGUAUGGCAAGUUUAUGGAGGCAAUUCCAGACAAAUAAUGAUAAAGCUUUACAUUUGUUGAUCAUAAGUCUGGAUAUUUCUUUCAUAAAUGAUGAAUCUACUGUAGAGCUGCAUAGGCUGGUGACGUCAUCAAAUUCUAGGACAUGAAUGUAACUUACUGAAUGAGUGGUUUCAUAUCAAACAAUAAGUGAUAUAAUAAACGUUUACGAUCCUGUG